CCAAAAAAAUCCUCAAAAAAAUCGAUUUUUUUGAAACCUCUAAAGCAGGCAUUAACACUUGCCAUUGUUCGAUGUGAUCUUCACCUUCACCGUUCGGCGACACAAGAGGAUUGAGAUUUUGUGUGCACACAACGCCAUAUACGACACACAUGUGUGCACACCGAUCGUAAAAAAUCAAACAUUUCCGCGAACAUGGAUCGGUAUGCGCACAAGCCCACACACGCAUAAACCGCAAUCGCACACAUACCGAUUCCCCUAUUCCCCGUUGCUUCAGGUGUUUCCAUCUGGGGCGCAUGACGCACAAAUGCUGCAACCCUGUCGACAGGUCGUCCCUGUUUACACGUUGUGGAGCCGGUGGACAUGUAGCGAAGUCAUGCACUAACGAUCCUAGCUGCAUGCUUUGUAAAGGAGCACACUCAGCUUUGAGUACUACUUGCCCCAAGUACUUGGAGAUGGCAAAAUCUUUAGGGAAAUGAAGAUUUUGCAAUUAAAUCUAAAUCACUGUGCUGCAGCACAAGAUCUGCUUGAACAGACAGCAUUUGAAGAAAACACUGAUGUCGCUUUAUUAAGCGAACAAUACUCUCAGCGUUCAGAAAGCACUUGGACCACUGACAAAGCCGGAAAAGCUGCAAUAUGGUCUUGCAAAGGACAACCAUUUAUAACCUGGAACUUGCUCUAGAAACCAGAGGCAAAGCGCCAAUUAUAAUCGCAGUCGACUUCAAUGCGUGGUCGACCGCUUGGGGUAGUAGGCGCACAAACCACCGUGGGCGUCUACUACUUGAAUUCCUCGGCCAAACGAAUCUUACGAUCCUGGGCCCGAAUCGCGGCAUUCGUGAUCGAGCGAGAUAUUGUAUCGAAACAAAUUUCGUGACGUUUCGAGUAGCCGGAUCGCCGCACUCGAUACGAAGCGAAUCUAAAUUAGCUCACUGUAACAGCCCUGGCCUCUCUACAAAUGGCAUUUACGAAGUGUCGAAUUGUGAAAUCAAAACAAAGAAAGUUGUUGAAGCCGUGCUAUAUUUUUUUAUAAAGGUGAAAUACUAUUGUUUUUCUCAAAAGUGAUGCAUCCAAUUAUUUUUUUAUAUUCGUCUUCGGAAUCUGAGGAAGAAAACGUGCAGCAAGUCAUAAGGAACCGAAUGCGAGACAAAAGCAAUCUCUUGGCAUUGCCGGAGGCAGCCUUCAGGAAACGGUUCAGACUCUCUAAAAGUACAUUUAACUACGUAUUGGCUGAACUCAAAUUUGAAGGGCAUUUGUCAACCGCAGUGGCACCAAUGAUUCAACUGGGAGCGACUUUGUCCCUUUUGGCCAGUGGUGGCUACCAGCACUUGGUGGGAAAUGACUUUUUGAUAGGAAUAUGUCAAAGCACUAUUUGCAAAAUAAUAAUAAAUGUAAUCAGCGAAAUGGAAACAAAUUUGUGCCCCCAAUUUAUUAAAUUCGUGCCCGACAAUCUUUCUGAAUGCACGAAAUCGUUUGUUGAAAAAUACAAAAUUCCUGGAGUAAAUGAGCACAUGUUCUUCAACAGGAAAGGAUACCAUAGCCUCAACUCAAUGAUAAUAUGUGACCAUGAAUACCGCAUUUUGGCCAUUGACUCAAAAUAUGGUGGAGCCGCACCCGAUUCCUUUGUGUGGAAGCAUUCGGCACAACGAAAGUUUUUGGAGGAGCAAUUGAACCAAAAUAACUUCAAAAAUGUUUGGCUUUUAGGAAAUUCGGGUUAUCCCUUGGAGCCGUGGUGUUUAACACCAUUCAGGAACCCUGAAGAAGGGUCUACUCAAGCUCGGUUCAAUGAGGCUCAUUCUAAAGCUCGCUGUGUGGUUGAAAGAACCAUUGGUAUCCUAAAGGGCCGUUGGAAAAUUCUCAGCAAUGACAAGAGAACCGUUACCAACCUGAAAAAAUGGCACAAUUAGGGAAUGUAUGUGCAGCGUUGCAUAACAUUUGCAUACAUUUCAAAGAUGCGUCGUAUUGCAGACAUUAUGCAAGUGAAGCUAUUAACACAGAAGUGGAUAUGGGAAACGAAACUCAUUUAACCAAAAUUGGACACAAAAUUCGAAACCAUAUAAUGUUGGCGCUAGAAAAUACAAUUUGAAUAAAACAAGUCUCUAUUGCUUUGACUUCCAUAUAAGCUUCGUGAGCUUCCUCUUUCAUUUCCAUCGACCUCUCCUUCAAAGCUAUAAGCUUGUCUAGUUUUGC